GAUAUAAGAGCAACUUCGGGUUCCCCUUUCAAGACAAGACAAAUCAAAGGCUCAGAGGCAAAACGGCUCCCUAAGCACUGAACGCCUCUUCCUCCCUCCUCCCUUCCCUCCCAUCCACUCCUCUCCCUCCCUUGCUCACAGCCCAGCCUCUGUCUAGGGAAGAAGCUCUCAAGCAGCCUUAGAUGAUUAUGGAUUUUCUGAGCGAGAAGUUUGCCCUGAAGAGCCAGCCGAGCAAGAACAGCGACUUUUACAUGGGAGCAGGAGGCAGCUUGGAGCACGUUAUGGAAACUUUGGACAAUGAGUCCUUUUAUAGCAAAACGUCAGGCAGCAAAUGCGUGCAGGCCUUCAACCCUCUGCAAAGAGCUGAGCAUCAUGUGAGGCUGGAGAGGACAUCACCCUGCCAGGACAACGUGAACUACGGGAUUACUAAAGUCGAAGGACAGCCUCUUCACACAGAGCUGAGCAGGCCCAUGGACAAUUGCAACAAUCUCAGGAUGUCUCCAGUGAAAGGGUUGCAGGAGAAGGGGGACCUGGAUGAACUUAGUGAUAAGUGUGACAGCAAUGUCUCCAGCAGUAAGAAGAGGAGACACAGAACAACUUUCACCAGUAUGCAGCUGGAGGAACUGGAGAAAGUAUUCCAGAAAACUCACUAUCCUGAUGUCUAUGUAAGAGAACAGCUAGCUCUGAGAACAGAGCUCACUGAGGCCAGAGUCCAGGUUUGGUUCCAGAAUCGAAGAGCAAAAUGGAGGAAAAGAGAACGCUAUGGUCAGAUCCAGCAAGCUAAGAGCCACUUUGCUGCCACCUACGAUAUAUCUGUUCUUCCAAGGACUGACAGCUACCCUCAGAUUCAGAACAAUCUGUGGGCAGGGAAUGCGGCUAGCAGCUCUGUGGUUACCUCCUGCAUGCUGCCACGAGACACAUCCUCCUGUAUGACACCUUACUCCCAUUCACCCCGGACAGAUUCUGGCUACACAGGCUUUUCAAACCACCAGAAUCAGUUCAGCCACGUGCCCCUCAAUAAUUUUUUCACUGACUCGUUGCUUUCUGGGGCAGCCAAUGGACAUGCUUUUGAAACCAAGCCAGAGUUUGAAAGGAGGUCCUCCAGCAUUGCAGUUCUACGGAUGAAAGCCAAAGAGCAUGCUGCCAAUAUUUCUUGGGCCAUGUAAUAUAGCAGUACCCUCUCUCAAUUCCUUCUUUUUUUUUAAUAGCAAACUAAAACCAUUUUUAUUUCCCAUAUUUAAAGGGAACAACAAUAAGCUGCUGUGUGUGGAAUGCUAGAAAUCACAAUAUACACGAUGUCUGCUUAAAGAAAUGCAAUAUAAUAUUUAACAAUAAACCAAGAAUAAACCAAAUAGAUUUACCAUGCAUCAAGCUCAACAAGCCCUCUUUGUUUUGAUUUUUAUAUAUAAGUAUGUUUUGUUGUACCAGUUGAUGAAAGAUGAUUAUAGAACCUGCAAAAAAAAAAUAAAACUACUAAGCAAAUGUGUCUACUCCAUGGUUUUUAGCAGUCCUGUAUAAAGAAUUCUUGCUUUAUAAAUGAAUAGUUCAUCAGGGAACAACUCUGUAAAGGAUAAUAAAUUUAUUAUGCUAAACCCAUGAUGUAAAUCUCUAAGCACACCAUGUAAAGAAGGAAAUAUAGGACCAUUCAUGUUGUAGGUAGAAUUUGUGGCCUGAGUUCUUUCAGCACUGUGCUGCUGCUGUAGGCCAGCUCUGCUGUUUUGCUGAAUGCAUGUUGAGCUUGUUGAAUUAAUGUAAUAAGAAUAGAAGGAACUACUUUAUCUUAUGGACCUGAAUGUAUUCCUGUUAAAGAUAAUGAGAUUUUUUUUCAGUCAAAUAUAACACURAAAGUGUUAUAUUUUAUCACAAUGUUUAAUAGUUUUCCAAGAUGUGCAGAGAUUGUGUCAACUAGCGUGUUUAAAUCUUAAAGGCUGCAGGGUGUUGUGAAACUUGGGUGACUAAAAGACAGCAUGGAAUAGUACUCCUACACUUUUAGCAAAACGCAGAUUAAGGAAAAAAACCUGAACAACCAAACAGUGAAGUCUUACUUCCCGUACAGUCCAACUUACUGGGUUUUGCUACUCUACAGUCAAAUUGAAACAAAGAAAAGUCCAACAAGACGUGCCAGUUUAAGUUUGUGACUGAUCUUAAGAUGUUAUUACAGUACAGCUCAUUUAGUUUUAGUGACAUUUAGUUGAUACUUUGCUUAUAUACUUUCCAGAGUGUAAAACUGGUUUGCUACCUUUAAAGCAUAUAGGAAAAAAUCUUUUUGACUGCAAUGGCAGCAGGAUUUGGCUCUCAGCUCCCAGCCUAUCACAAAGGAAUUAAAAUGUCAGCAGACUUUCUGACAUUUCUGGUGGAAAAAAAAUAGAGAAGGAAAAUACUUUACAUCUGGAGAAUUGCUAUCUGCUUUGAUUUACUUCUCCUCCCUUUCCCCUGUCACAUUCCAAGCUCCUUCAGAUGAGUGAAAUGUCAGCCUCUUUGAAAGCAACAGUCAGUCUCUCGGGUUCAUAAAGGCAAAGUAAAUUAAUUGAAAUCAAGAAGGACUUGCAUGGCUGUGAUUAGAACAGGACACAACUCUCUGGGUACCCCCUGCUCAUUUCUUGCUUUUCUCUCUGGCCAUUAGUUAGGAACAGAGGGCGGUUGGGGGAAGAAUGGAAGAUCCAGGAAGCACAUUUCUUCACAGCAACYGCAGAACUAGCAGUACUCACAAAAACAAACACACAGGAAUCCCCAGAUUUUCUCUGCUCCCACUCAGGGGGAGAAAAACUUAAAAUAGGAGAGGGCUCAUUCUGUAGCCUUUCAAAGGAAUAAACAAACUUAACUUCGAAACCAUCAGGGUCAACCAAAAAUAGGAUUUUUACAUCAGAUUCUUACACAGCUGAAAGGAUGGUCCUAUUUUCCGCUAUUAAUAAACUCAAAUUUUAACACAUAUGUAUACUACAAUUUGUGGUUUCCUGAUUCGAUUCUCCUUCUAAAAAUUAACUUCAACUUUGGCCUGAGGAGCUGGAAAAGAGAAUUCUGGCUAGAAGCUAUCUUUUCCAUUUUUUAAUGGUCUGUUUAGACAGCAGUCAAACUAGCCUUAUGAUUUAAAGCAAAGAAAAAGAAUUUUAUUGGUAAAGGUGAUACUUUAGUUUUGUAUGGACACUUUUGCCACAUGUAGAAGGAUAA